AUGGAAGACCAAUUGAGCAUCCCAAUUCCACACUUCCCGCCUUUUCAAUUGCGAUCUUCGCUUAUAGACAAAGAUCCUGUAAUAUGGGUGCACUUGAUCGAGGGCUACAUUGAAUUGUGUCAAGUUCUUCUAAAAGGCGAGGUGAAGCUCCAUGUGAAGAGUCAGCAACAGCUCCAGCUAUUUUUGAAAGUGUAUUUGUCUGAAACAAGCCAAGAGUCAAAGAGAAUUUUCUCCUUAGGAGCAAUCAAUCCCGAUAUCAGAGCCAACACUGAGGUUCUUAGAGCCUAUAUUCUCCAAGUGAUCCGUGACUAUGGCCUUGUCAAGCUUGGAAUCCAGGGCGAGAGUCUCUGGCACUUUGUGAAUGUUUAUGUUGAGAAAAACGCAACUGUUGUGAGGGGUCUUCUAGCUGGCACACUAAAGUCAAAGUUUAACGACAAUAAGAAGUCGGGCAAGAUCUCUCUGAUCCCUCCGCUUCGAAGAUAUCUUCAAGAGAAGGUCAAGGACGGUGAAAUUUCACCGGAAAUCCCACAGUACCUUGCUAUGCUAUUGGGCCAACACUCGACGCUACCCAAAACUCAGACAUUGCUGAUGACUGGAGGCGGCGCAAAUAAUCAUAGGGUGGUGAAGAAAGAAAGAAGCUCCCAAAACUCGUCGAGUGCCCUUCAGUUUGCCGAGAUGUUUGUCUCGAUCGAGUGGAUUGAGUCUCUUGAGACCACUUACGCUGGGGGUCAAAGUGUUCACGCAACUGCGAUUCGAAACUUGAUGCUCAUAAGUGUGCUUUCCUUAUCAACAGCCAAGUUGGCGUCACUUGUGGCAACAUUGGGUAUUCAUAGCAGUGGGACGUUGAUGGUUGCACCUCUUCUCUGUGCGAUAAUCAUUUCGGACGAGUUCAAGAGAAUUUCCCCCGAUAUCGAAGAGAGGCUUCCAUUUUUGAGAGACCUAGAGUAUCUGAAAGCAUCCUCUGUCAGUGAGAGCGACAUAGUGUUGUUGCAGGACAUGUUUCCGGAUAUCACCUCUCAACAGGCUCUGGCAAUAUUACUAAAGAACGACAACAACAUUGAUCUGGUCAUUAAUUUAUUAUUAGAAGACCCGAGCUUAAUCAAUGAGAUGAUUACAAGCUCACAAAGCAAUGAUACACCAAAGAACACGGGCCCAUCAAGCCAGGAGCUUGAACUGGGUAUUAAACGUUUUAGCCUAAAAGAGAAUGAGACAACAGAGAUACUUAAGAAGCUGACUUCCGCAAACAAUAAGGAAGAAAAUAAAAAGAAGACAUUGACUCAUGCAUUAAGAUUGCUAUAUGAAAGUGACGAGGAUGAAAGAGAUGACACAUACGAUGAUAUCACAGAGUUUACAGAGUCAAGAGGAAAACCUGAUCAUUUGGUUAAUUCGAAAAACCAACCAAUCUCGGAGGAAGACAUGCUUGAAGAUUUUGGUGAACCCAUACCACCUGCACCAACAGAGCAUGACGUGAACUCAUUGAUUCUCUUUGAGUAUCUCAAAGAGAAGGGAGAACUUAUUUUUGAGAGAACAUGCAGAAAAAAGGCCGAACGUGCGUCCAUGCGCAAAGCGACGAAUUGGUCUGAUGAGCAGAUUGAAGGAUGGUAUAGAAUGCUUCUGCAAUCUCCAAAAAGAUACAAGGUAUUGGAGGAAAAAUUUCAGGAAGCACUCAAGGACCGCGCCCUCACACAACGUGUUAAAAAACAGAUCAAACUCGAGGACGAACCAGAACUGAAGCCAUCUGUGCCAAAGACAAAGAAGUCUUUAGCUAGAAAAGAGCAAAACAAAGCGAGUGUUGCAAAUCACAGCCGGAAAAAGGGCCACGACAAAAAAUCGAAGGCUGCAUUAGCUGGAAUGCAAUAA